CUUCCGUUUCCCGAACUCUGCCGCCCCGCACCUGAAGAGAGCCGCGUGGUGGUCGGGCUGCCUAUGGGGCAUGGAGGAAGACGACGAGGAGGAGAGUCGACGCGUCCCCACGAGCUGCUACCCGGCCAUCCAGCGUGUCAGCAUUGCGGUGGAUGAGAAGAACGUCCUGCCGGGGGCUCUGCAGCUGAUCCGAAAGCUGAGACCACAAUGGGAGACCGAGCGAGUUAAAAGCAAGCUCUUCACUGAAGGCAUCACCAACAAGCUUGUGGCUUGCUUCACAGAGGAGAACAUGGGGGAUGCCGUCCUGGUGCGGGUCUAUGGCAGGAAGACGGAACUUAUCGUGGACCGAGCUAAUGAGCUGAGGAACUUCCAAGUGCUUCAGGACCAUGGCUGUGCCCCCAGCCUCUACUGCACCUUUGAGAACGGCUAUUGCUAUGAGUUCAUGCCGGGAAAGGCACUGGGACCAGAACAUAUCCGGCAGCCAAAUAUAUUCAGGUUAGUUGCCCAGGAAAUGGCAAAAAUGCACAGGAUUCACACCAAUGGGAGUCUCCCAAAGCCCUGCCUGUGGCACAGACUGUUCAAGUACUUUAACAUUGUGAAAACUGAAUUUUCCAGAAAAGCAUCACAUUCCAGGCUCAGAUCAUUGUUACACAAUCAGAGAAACUUGGAAUUGUUCAUUCAGCGGCUGGUUAUAUGGAAUCCACAACUUCUGCUUCCACAGAAAAGGUGCCUAGGGUAUUUCAGGGGUGCCACCUUGCCAGCAAUCAGCCUCCAUCAGGAAGUGCACAUUCCCAGCCUAGAGGUGCUAGAAGAAGAGAUUUGCUGGAUGAAAGAACACCUCUCCCAGCUCCGCUCUCCAAUAGUCUUUUGCCACAAUGACCUUUUGAGCAAGAACAUCAUCUACAAUGAGACAGAAGGUCAUGUCCGUUUCAUAGAUUAUGAAUACACCGGUUACAACUAUCAAGCGUAUGACAUUGGAAAUCAUUUUAAUGAAUUUGCAGGGCUGAAUGAGGUGGAUUACAGCCUGUAUCCCUGCAAGGAGGUCCAGCUGCAGUGGCUGAGAUAUUACCUGCAGGCCUACAAGAAGCUAAGCCAGGAAGACCAGGGAGGAGGUGGAGGAAGCAAAAGCAGAGGAUGGAGUGGAGGUGUGACUGAAGAAGAACUGGAGAGCCUCUAUGGACAAGUGAACCAGUUUGCUUUAGCCUCUCAUUUCCUGUGGGCUUGCUGGGGCCUCAUUCAAGCCCAGUUCUCUACCAUAGACUUUAAUUUUGCCAGGUACGCAGACAUAAGAUUUAAACAGUACUUUAAAACAAAACCCGUGGUGACAUCCCUCAAAAUGUCAAAGUGAGGUUAAAGUCCAAAGAGUCUUCUGGUCCUCAAGAUUCCAUACUUAUUUUCUCUGGUGUAGAGCACCUGCCACCCUGUCCUCCUGCAGCUGCUGAGCGGUCAGACAUCAUGAAACGGAUGGAAAAGGAAAGUGCGCCUCCUAUGAAGCCAAAAAAAUUAAACCAGGCCCCUGGGACAUGGCUGUGCCAUCCAUGGAUUAUCUGCCACAUGUUGCUUCCAGAAGGUGAUAUUAGGACAUGGCUGCUGACAAAAGAUUCCAUUCACAGAGUCUGGGGUAUUAAGGAAUGCUUCGAGGUUUAAAGUGUGAGAGACAAAGAGUGUUGGGGAGGGGCUGGCUUUGAAAUUUAUGCAGCCUUGAAGGUCAGCGUUGGAUGGAACACUUUGUUCCUUGGUUGGGAGAAAAGUCUGACAAGUACAGAGUGUUCGUUUUUUGUCACAAUCCAUGGAAUUCUCUUCUUUUGAUCCUGAGUUAAAUUGAGGAGUGCUUGCAUCUCUUUACCAGACUGAUAGGAACUAAGAGGAGCUUGAGUUCCUCUUAGAUCUAGUCCUCUGCCCACACUUAGAGGCAGGAUUCUCCCCAUGACUGCUUCUUUCGAGCAAUUCAAACAGAGAAUCUGGAACAAUGUUGUCUUGCCCAUCAGUGAUCUUUGGUACGGAUGAUAUAAAAAGUGAAAAAGCACCCAAAUGUAUAAAGAAUUACUUAGUGCUUAGUCAAAUUGUGAGGUAAUGCAGCAGGAGGUGUCUGCCCUGGACGUUUUUCUACAGGUUAUUGGUGCUUUCAGCAUUUGUAGCAUGACCGCUUGAGAAGUGGCACAGGGCGGCUGCCAUUAGAACUGUGUGCAUAUAGUUUAAGCUGUGCAGCUUUGAAGAGGACAGACAUUGCUGCCUAAAACCUGAUAAGGCAGGGAAAUGCAUAGCAGGUAUGUCUUUAGUACAUUGGCAUGGAUAUACCAAGUUUACCUGAUGCCCUGUCUUCAGGGUAGCCAUGCAUGGGGCAAGUUCAGCUGUCUGUCAUCCCCCCCACCCCCACCCCCACCCAUUGUUUCUUUAGGCCCCGAAAAUGAUCACUUUGCCACUUGGAAUUGGUAUCUUCAGUUUGUGUCAUUUAGUAGUUCUAGAAUGUGAGAAUGCAUAUCCCUACAUGAAAUUGGAUUGUGCUUUUUUCUAACAUGUUUACAUGAAUAACAAGCAAGAUGAAAUUCGUUUCAAUAUAGUGGAGGAGAAUUGCACCAGUAGCUUCACAAUGGAAUUUUUGACCCAGGAAUGGCUACCUGUCAUUUUAGCAGCACAGAGAAGAGGAGAUGGAUUCAACGGCAGUGCUGGCACUGUAGUGUACAGUAGCAUGAAGAAGCUUCUGAGCUCCCGGUCCCCUCUGCAGCCCUCUCAGCAACUAGCCUUAUUGUGUAUGUAAAUAGACUUUAUAUUAUCCCUAGAUAGUGAUCAACUGGAACCAACUUGAAACAUUCCUUAUGAACUGUGAACAGCUGAACAUGGUGCUUUCCCUCCCAAGAAGGCCGGUUGGGUUCCUCUGGCAAGAGGGCCAAACCUACACACGCCUCCCGUGGGUUCUCUAGUUUGAGUAAGGAGAACACGAUAUAUCACAAAUUCAGGUCCUGCUUUUUCCCCAAAGAAGGAGAAAAGUGAUUGGGAGAGAAAAAUGCCUGGGAAUCCGGAUUCUAGCAUCCAGCCAGUCUUUAGAUGCAUGUACCGAGUACCAUUUUACUACUUGCGUUUAUUUUUCCCUGAUGGGCUUUUAUUUUGUGUAGUGAACCGUUAAUACAGUCAAGAAAACAUCAUCUUUCCCUUUGUUAUGAUGUCUCCACUGCUUAGUUGAGGACUUAAAUAUCCCCUAUGAUCAAAUUUUCACUGAAUAUGUAUUUUGGAGCAAAGAUAGAAACAGUAAGCCUCCUGCAGUCUUUUAAUUGCUGUGCUCUUAUAAUUAACUUCCUACCUACAGGCUGCAGCUCCCAGGAUCUGAUUUCCUGUGGUUUGCCUGUCCUGGUAUAAACUGGUAUAUAAUAGUUGUUAAGAAAGGCCAUUAAGUACCCCGUAGAAAUCGCCUCUGUCCAAAUAGGGAGCAGUCCCCUUUAGUCAUGCAAGCAGAAGGAUGGGAAGAAAAGCAGAGACUGAUGAUAGUGCUAGGAUUUGCUGCUCUACUCUAUGGAGGGGCCUGAGCUACUUAAAAAUCCGCCCUUAGUGCAAAAGAAAUGGGAUUACAUUUGGCCUAUGGAAGCAAGUUGAUGGCUCCCAAAAUACCUGUUGUGGUCUGCACGGAGGUUCUCGUUUAGAAAUGCCCCCCUUGCCCCACAAUAGAUGCAGAAUAUGAUCUUGUGAAGGUGGCAAGAAAAUACAGCAACAAAAGGCCUGCUCAUUUUAUGCAAAAGUGGGAAUGGCUCAUGCACAUGAACGCAAUGUGCUGGGUGAAGAAGAAACUUCCAGGAUCUUGCCCAUGAUCAGAUCAGAUGCAUGAUCAGCAAUUCUGGCAAUCAUAAUUCUGCUCAGAGGCAAGUUCUAUGAAUCUGUCUUCGAUGAUGUCCUGUUCUCAGACAAAUGGUCGCAGGGAUGACUGCAACUUUAGGCAAAACCUCCGCAUGGGGAAGGAAGAAUUCUUGACUUCAUGAAAUGACUGAGCAGGUCUUGUGAAAGUACGUUGGGCCUUCUCUGUGCAACCUAUUAGGAAAAAGCAGUGCUUCAAAAGCAGGGAGUAUCAUUUUCCCCAACUGCUUCCCCUGCAGCACACUCAUGCUGCCAAAGCCUACCUAGUAGUUUCAAAAACCAGCUCAGUGCAUAUCUUCAGAGGAUUAAAUUCCAUGUAUCAUUCUGCAUCAUUCUGGGGGCAUUGCAGAGAGGUGGCUACGCAGCUCUAGUCAUUCCAAGUAUCUGAGGGAUAAUUGUGGAUGCAUUUUGUUUGUUACGCACCUGCUUAUUAUAGUGGCAUUUCCCUGGACAUCCCGCAUCAGGGAUUAGAGGGGCAAUGCUUUGCCCAGCUGCAGAGAAGGGACACAGCCCUCUAUGCUGUGUGUGUGAAUGUGUGUAUUUGCUGUUAUGCGUCCCAUCACUUUGCAUCCUCUGAGGCUGCCUGCACUUCCUGAACGGAAAAUCUGCUCUGAAAAAGCCUUGUGGGAGGAAUUUCGGCUUGCUGCCUUCCCUGGGCUUUUGCUGAGGAGGCUACAGACCAGCAGAGAGACAGGAUUCUGAUACACACUCCUUGACCACCUUAUAUGUAAGAUAAGCAGAAGAACCCUCAAGCCAGCCCAUGACCUUUUCUCUGAAAUGUUCUUCUCCUUUGAAUUUCUAUUCAAAAGCCAUUUCUUUGCUAUCAGAUUGAGAGAGACUGAUAAAAAAAAAAGUGUGGAAGAAAUUUUUGGCAUGCCGUUCGUUUAGACGGUGUGAACGCAGCAGCCGCUCACCUGUGGAACGUGCACUUACCAUGCUGUGCUGCAUGUCGUCUUCUCUCGUGGAUCAAAUGUAGGGGAAAUGGAUCCCUCCGUUGGAACCUGAAGGGGAUGUGCAGAGCACUGAUUGGCUAAGCAUCCGCAACAUCAUCAAGUGCCCCCUUGCCAGAGCAAUUUUACAGUAUAAACAAACCACUGAAGUUUUUUUUUUUUUUCCAUUGGUACCCUUUUGCCUAAAAAAGUAAUGUGCUGUGUGAUUGUUUUCAUGGAUAAUUUUGUGAACAUCCUUUAAACUGGUUUUUCCCAAGCUAGCACCCUCCAGCUCUGUUGGGAUGCAGCUCCCAUAAUUCCCAGCCAGCAAUGGCCGUGCGGUUCAGCAUAGCUGGAGGACACCAGGGUGGGCAAAGCCACUUUAGACAAAGAGCAAUGAAGACAGACACUGGGCUUGCCCCACAGGGGCCAAAGACAGCAACACCCCGCACACCAUGCUGACUCGUGUUUUUGUGUAUGUCCUUUCAUGCCUGCUGUUUGAUUUUAAUGCCUCUGGACAGUUCUGUAGAAUCCUGGAAAAAAUUGUGCCACAGCCGGCAUCUGAACACAAAAAUGAAGACUGAUGUGUAGGUGUCCAUGUGUAUUACUGUACUAUGUACUUGAGAGAUAAGCCUUAGUGUGUAAUUGUGUAAUGUAGAAAGGACUCCUUGAAAUAUGACUCCUUUAAAACUCUGGAGCUCUUCAGAGCUAUUGUUUGUGUGUGUGUGAUUUUUUUUGUUUUUGUUUAGUUGAGGUUGUUUUUAGGGUAAAACAGCCAAGUGGCUCGAAGUAACAGGGCUAAAUGAGGACAUGCCAACAAAGAAGCGGUCAGCAAAUGAGCAGCACUUUCCUGGUCCAGCUGAAAGCCAUCAGUCAAUGAACUGGGAAAAGGUAAUUUCCUGAGGAUUAGAAUUGCAUCUCUUUACCUGAAGUCCAAUAUUCACUUUACUGGGAGGAAGUUCCAUUGAGCUCAGUGGGGCUUACUUCUGAGUCAAUGUGAUUAACUGUGCUGUUCACCCAUAACCGAGGCCAGUUCCGCUUGUCGUGACACACUUUCCUGUGAGGUGCUGAUGUCGGCAUGACCUUUUGAGAUGUGGCAUAACCACUUUUCUCAUUAGCAGCCUAUGUAUUCAGUUCUGUGUAUAUGAAAAUACAAUAUUUCUCUGUAUGAUGUCGUAGAUGCUGACAAUAUCAAAUCAAUUGUGUAUUCUCACAGGAGAAAGUGAAAAUCAGUGGCAUUUAUUCCCUGAAAAAAAGGGAAGAAAGGAACCUUUUAAAACACAGUGUGUCUCUUUUUAUCUAUAAAGCCAGCGUGAUGAAAUUAAAAACUGGAGGGGA